UGCCAGCGUAAGUGCGGAGUUGGGCGGUGCGGAGGUGGGCGUGAGUGCCAGCUGAUCGCUGUGUGGAGGAGAGGUCCAGAUCUGAUAGACAGACGGGGGUGUAUUUACAAAACAUACAUAGGGAUCGAUAGUAAGAAAUACCCAUCUCCGAAGCUGGCAGCCACGGACACUGAGCUGGCAUCAGGGCAACCGGCCCGCUGCAGCGGAGAGACUGCCCCACAUGAUUCUGAAGCUUCAACAUGGGAUCUGCCAUGAUGCCUUACGCUUUGUUGCCUGUUGAGUGAAUGACGUUUGAAUCCUGGUCAUGCAGUACUGUGGACAGGAUCACUGCUCAUGGUCAUGGUGAACCCAGAGGGUCAAGAAUGAAUAAAAAGUUCCCACUGAGUCGAGUUCUAGGGUAUGUCUUUGUCAACAGAAGAAGAGCAUCAUCUGUAACUGUGCUCGACUCAUGCCAUUUGACUGUCCAGUACUACCAUGGCAAAGCUGGGUACCCUGCUGGCGUUGAGUGAUCAGUCAUCCUUCCAGAGCCAGGAGGGUUUGGGAACAGAAGACAGCAUGGGCAGUGUUGGCAGUGGUGUGGCAGGAGAACAGGAGUUUGCCAUGAAAAGUGUGGGCACUAGGACACAGCCCAGUGGGGGUAGCGGCCCAAAUGGGACGCGUACCAAUGGUUUCUCCACACGGAGAUACUCUGGAGAGGAACGCACAUAUAGUUCUGAGAAGAUGUUAAUCUCUAACUCCCUCUAUAUCAAUGGGGAACUGCGCCGCAGUGGGGAGAGAGGGGUCAAGGUUGAUGUCUGUGGCAACAUUUCUGCCAACAAUGAAAAAAACAACAGCAGUGGUAGCAACAGUUUGCCACCCCCACAAUACAGAGAGCCUCCUAACACCAGGUUAAACAAGCCACCCCCAGCUGCUACCACCACAGGAGCUGGCACAGUGAAACUGGACAACCCUCCAAAGAUCCUACCCAUUUCUGGCAAGCUUGAACAGAGUAGUGAGGCUCUUGUAAGGCCUUCUGCAUUCAAGCCAGUAGUUCCUAAGAACUUCCAUUCCAUGCAGAACCUGGUGUGCCCUCCCCAGACUAAUGGGACAGCAGUGGAGAGCCGAAAAGUACCUGCAAAUGCAAAGAUCAGUGGGACAGCUGACCACCGGGAUAGUCCAGGAACUUCAGCAGGACGAGAAAGACCUUCUGGGAGCAGGACAGGAGCUGGGCUCUCAGACUCUGGCAGAAAUUCACUCACUAGUCUGCCUACGUACACAGGCUCCCAAUCACACCAACUAGGCCCACUUAGUGCCUCUACCAGUCACAUAAAUCGCCUGGGCACUACAAACACCUACGAAAAGGGAGUGGGCAUUGGAGGCUACAACAAUGGUUUGUCCACCUCUGACAGCGGUCGUUCAUCAUCUGGUAAAAGCAGCUCCUCCUUCAAUAAGCUAAGCCAUCUGACAGAGGCAUUGCCUUUUCAGCACUCACCUUCCAGCGAUGACAUCAUCCAAGACCUUGAAGACCGCCUUUGGGAGAAAGAACAGGAGGUGCUACAUAUGCGAAGAAACCUGGACCAGAGUGAAGCAGCAAUUGUACAAGUCUUUGAAGAAAAACAAAGGCUCUGGGAACGUGAAAUGGAGGAGCUGCGUCAAAACUAUGCGAACAAGCUACAGCAGGUGUCACGAAAGGCUCAACGUGCUCAACAGGCCCUACAGCUACAGAGCGCACGGCUACAACAAGAAAAGCAUCACCUGCAAGAUGAAGUUGCAUCCCUGCUGGCGCAGAGGGAGGAGCUGGAAAAAAAGUGCCUAGAGUACAAGAAGGAGCAGGCAGAUAUGCUGCCUCGUCUGGAGGAGACAAAGUGGGAGGUUUGUCAAAAGGCAGGAGAAAUCUCGCUCCUGAAACAGCAGCUAAGGGACUCACAAGCAGAUGUUAAUCAGAAGCUUGGGGAGAUGGUAGCACUCCGAAGUCAGCUGAAGGAACUAAAAACUCAGCUUCGGGAACGUGAAGAGGCCAUUCUUAGCCUCAAGGAGUCUUACAACAGCAAGAGUGUGGCACUGGAGAGCUGUGAAGCAGAGCUGCAGCAAACACUAGCUGAGGUUUCUGUACUUCGUGAAAAGCUGGGUGUGUUUGAAGCUGAGGUGCUCGGUUUGAAGCAGGCUCUGGCUGGAUUAAAUGGAGGGACAGGGGCCUCAAGUCCCACUCAAGGUGCUGCAGCAGCUGUCACACCCCCAGCACUGCCCUCCUCACACCCUGAUUCUGCUCUGCUGAACUGCCAGAGUGAUGAGGGCCAAAGCACAGAGACAAACAGAGGGCCGAAGUGGGAGGGCUGCGUAGGCAGAUGGAACGGCUGCAGGGAGAACUAAGACUCGAGAGGCAACAGCGGAACAACAGGCUGUCACCUUUGCAGAGGAGAGGCAAACGUGGCAGGGAGAAAAAGACAAAGUGGCUUAAGUAUCAGGCACAGCUGCAACUAACUAUGUGGAAAUGUAUCAGAAGAACCAAGCCUUGGAGCAGCAGUUAGUGACCUCAGCUCCAAACUGAACACAGUGUCCUCUGAGGAGAAGAAACAGUCAACUGCUACGUGGGUUGGCCCAUCUCGUUUGGAGAGGAUUGAAUCCACCGAGAUAUAAAUGAAUCUUUUUCCCGUGCAGAUCAUGCAAUGAAACAUCAGGUGGCAGUGCUUAAUUAGCUGGAGGUCCUGCUUGUGGCAGCAUCUGGCCCCUCUGUGUUACAUAUGCUGGGGCAGAUUAUUCAGUGAAAGAAACAGCUGUGAAAUGCCAAAAAUCAGUGCACUGACAUAAGUGAAGGAGCCAAUAUUGACAUUUUGGAUGAGUUCCUGGAUUUUUUUUUUCUUUACCUCAGACAUCUUCAAAUUUGAGUCCAGCCAUUAGAAGCAAACAAAGCUGGGCAUUCCAAUAUCGCUGCUGUGAAAAAUUUUGCCUGACCCAGGUCACAUGUUGAUUUGUGGUAAACAAGCUAAUCCCUGCUUGUCCAAUAAUUAUAGAAGCAAGCCAGUCUCUCCUAAAUCAAGAUCAGUCUGUCAGCAAGCUGAUAUCUUCAUGACCAAGGUUUACCUUGAGUACAGGCUAAUGAUGUCUGCUAGACUGAGAUUGGUCAAUGAACCACCAUUGUCAUCUGUGACUGACCAAAGAUUUCAGCCUGCUGAAUCUGAUUGCAGGUGUGAGUAUGGUCAGUGUAGCCCUGGUUGAUCACAUUUGUUUAUCAGCUAGGUCAAGGUUAGUUUUCUGCUUAGUUCUAAAUUAGUCAGUAUGCUGAUGUCAGCUUGACAGGAGGUGGUCUUUAUAAGAAGCCAAUCUGUAAUAUACUUGGAUGUCUGCUGGAUAAUAGGUCUUUUCUUGAAGACUGAGCUCUUCUUUUGUGAAGUACUGUUAACUAUCUGUUUUAGAAACUCCUUAUAUGUUGAUUUCCUACUAAAUAAUAUACAUCAAAUAUUCAAAAAUGUUACCUCUGCCCAUAUCUUUUCCUAAGUAUUGAAUACUGUUAUUUGAAAGCAUUGUUCUGUAAGUAGCUUGAAUGACUGUUAAGAAUUCUAAACCUGCAUCCAGCCAGGCUUCCCAUUGAUGAUCACCACUGCUUAAUUCUGUACUUCAUAAGCUGAUGCAAAAUUAUGUAUUGUUGGAAAAUCUGCAGCAAAUUUGUUGUUUUGAUUGCAGGUGGCUUUAUAGGCCUAUACUGGCACUAGAGUUUAUACAUCCAACUGGGCCAGUAUUAAGAUGAGAUUAAAAGAAUAUUAAUGUGUCUUCUUUGAUCUGGCCCUCCUUCAAACGGUGUCUGAUGGGGCAGUUAAUCAACAUCUCUUUCAGCUGUUUGUUUUAUCCAUGCUCUAACUGAACAGCUCUAUCAAUUGUGGCAUGAAUUAUUGGUCCUCUCUGUUAGAGAUUAUCAGCAUAGUAUCUUUUGGUAACAGCACUAUGAGAGCAAUGUGUGUCAGCAGUGUCUUAUGCCGCUUUUGCCACCACAGCCUGGAUCUGAGUGAAACCAGAUUAUGCCUGGCUUUCUGUUGUCUUCUUUCAGAAGGUUUCUGGGAACCACCUGUGGCAUUUCAUGGCUUGCUAGGUUCCUGCUCUGUAUGUGGACCGGUCAACAACCUAACCUUCAACUAGGUUGUGGUAAUGUUAUGGUGAUUGGUUUCAACUUGUGUUUUCAUGCAGUAGAGUUUAGAUAAAACAUUGUUUCCCAUGAGGCCAUAUUAAAACACUUGGUUUGAUUUUGUUUUGUGCCAUAUUUUUUUUGUGCUAGAAAGAGUCAGACAGGUGUUGGACCAUAGACAAGAUGCAAGUGCUUAUUGCAGUAUGAGUAUAAGGUGUUCUACUUCAGUCAGCAACGAGAAAGAAUACAAGCAGAUUCACAAAAGCUGGACAUAUUGGGGAAUGAAGUACAUCAUAAAACGCUGCUAGGAAAAACAAUAAAUAGUAAAACAGAAUAUGAAAAAUAUCAGAAAAAGGGUAAUUAACACCACAGAUAUUUCAUUCCUAUUUUCUUUGUCUUAGAUACACAAAUAUGCAUUGCUUAUGCUUGAUGUAAGCAGUAUGCAAGUGACACUUAUAGCUUGUAAUGGGUCAAACCCAGAUGCUGGAGGGCCACAGCUACUACAGGUUUUUGUUCAGGCCACUUUCCUUAUUAGCAACCAAUUAUUGCUCCUAAUGGAACAUCAUUUUUUGCCGUAUUAAGAUUAAGUUUUUCUUUUUUUGUUAAGAUGUUGACUGUCACAGUGAAAACUGGUACAUUUUUUACUGAUCCCAAUAUAAAUCAGGUUGUUAUUUUAAUUAAUUAAAUGCAUUUCAUUAUUGAGCAAAACUCAAUGUAAAAAAUGUUUUCUCUCUAUUAUAAGAAAAAAAUCUUGUGACGAGACGUGAUCUUCUGAAGUGAGACAGAGAGACACUUCAGAGAGGCAGAGACACUUUCACUUCCCACAACACGGUCAAAUUAUGGUCAAGUCACAUCAUACUGACAUCCAUUGGAACCAUGUUCCCGUGAGACGGUGACCUAGGCAAGGAAAGUAAUAAUCAGCCCGGAACAAGUGGAAUUGAGACUGGGUGAGAAAUAAAAGACAAAGAGUAAAAAACACAGUAGAACUUCAUAAAGACGUUCAAAAAUGUUGUGCCAUACACAUGCAGAGCAGGUUACAGAUUAUGAAAGCAGUGAAAUUCGAAAGCCUCAAAAAAAAAACCUUGGUGCGAUACACACGCAGAGCAAGUUCAAAAAUAGGACAGUACUAAAAUUCGAAAGUGUCAAAAAAAAGAGUACAGAUCGCAUUCUCACAAACAAACGGAAAUUAUUACUAGGUGAAACAACCAAACAAAAAAGAGAUCAAAUAUAUGGACAUAGGUGAUAUGUCGGAAGUAUGUAGAUAUUGUAAGGCUUUAAAGUUAAGUCGGAUACUUGUAGAUCGUCUCAUUCGUGUUGCCAUCAGGGAAAAGUAUUGCUGCUUCCCAAUGAAGAGGCGUUUCCGCAAGAAUUCAAAGAUUUGUUGUUUGGUGAAAGCGAAAUCCACAACAGUACAGGCAAAAUAUACACAUCUACAAUAAUCUUUUGCGUUUGCAUCAUUUAAUGCUUAAAACGUUGAUUUACAUAAUAAUGGACCAUACGCUAUGAUAAUCUGUGUUCCCGUAACAAUUACAGCUAUGACAAGUUUAAUUUUGAAAAAAACACAAUUUUGGUCAGGUGUAUUUUUAUGAUCACGGAGAAGCGAUGCAACAUAGAAUUGAAAGAGUUAAAUGAUCCGACGUAUUAGAAAUUCUACAGCCAAUAAUGGAUACAAAUCUAUACGUCCAAAAAUAUCGCACUUUAAAUGAAAUUUAUCAGCAAAACACGGACAAAGAAAUUUUCUUGGAUUUCUAUAUGAAUCCGAAAGAUCACAGUGGCAUUUAUGAUAAACCCACAUGUGGCGAAUUGUCAGCAAUAAUUAUUUCCAAAGACAGAGUAGAUAUUCGUGUAUAUCCAAAGGCAAAGCAUGAUUCAUCAUUUCUGUCAAAUACAUCGCCACGUGCUGACCCUUUACUCUUUCCUUUGCUUUUCCCAGAUGGCGAAACAGGAUGGUCAUACAAUAUGAAACAGAUGCAUUCAGAAAAACGAAUAACACCCACAAAAUAUUUUGGGUCAAAAUUAGUGAUAAGUUCCCAUGUAUUUAACCCACUUCUAUCAUCCCAACGUCUAUUGCAACAUUACAUUAUUAAUGCGUAUGUAAAAGUCGCAGCAAAUCGUCUCUUCUUUAUUACAUCGACUCAAGCUAAACUUAGAAUGGAAUAUAUGCAAGGUCUCAUUGAUCACGUUCAAAAUCCAAAUAUCAAUAGUUCAGGCAAAUUCAAAAUAGGUAAAGCAGUAAUAUUACCAUCAUCAUAUCAAGGUAGUCCAAGAGCAUUGCAACAGUUAUAUCAUGAUGCAAUGGCAAUUUCCAGAACUAUUGGUCGGCCAGAUUUAUUUCUUACAAUGACAUGCAAUCCACAAUGGCCAGAAAUCCACAGCUUCUUGAGAACAAUGCCACCGGCUACAUCGGCUGUGGAUAUUCCCACUUUCAUACGUAGAUUGUUUUAUCAGAAAGUCUUAUUUUCAUUGAAUGAUGCCAUUUGUAUUAAAACGUGUACAGUUUCCCGUGAGAAUAGCUUUUGCAAUGACAACUAACAAAUCACAAGGACAAAAAUUUGAAAAAGUCCAUUUAUUUAUAACAGACAAAGAAAGGAUAUUCACUCACGGCCAGUUAUACGCUGCAUUAUCACUCUGUAAGACCAAACAAGCAAUCAAAAUUCAAUGCGAUCUUGAAGAAAAGUUCAUUCCAAAUAUUGUUUUUACUGAA